GUUGUAUCCGUUGUUAUUCGCGCUGGAUUCAAUUGCGAGUUUGUUGCUCCUGCUGAGGAGGGGCCCUUCGCUGUGGUGGAGGAGUAGUUUAUCAAAGCAGUCUCUGAGCAUGCCAAAUGGUCUGCAACAUGAAAUGCAAGGCUCGACGCCAAACCUUUACUGGAGAUCUGUCACUUUGGAUGAGCUGCGAGCGCACACUUGCUACACAAGCCUGCCUGAGGCACCUCCGUCUCUGCAGCCUGCCAUGUAUAGGUAUCUACGGCAGGAGAGUCCACUGUGGUCAGCGCUGCACCAGGGGCUGCUGAGCGGCAGCUCCAUCAAUGCAGUGCUGGGCUUCUACGAGCCGCAGGCGGCCAAGCGUUUGGGGAUCCCCAGCGGCUAUGUGGGCCACGGCAAGCUGCUCUCAGCCUACAGAAACCUGCAGCUGCCCGCUUUGGUCCCCAGCCCCGCCGACCUGGCUAGUCUAUGCAGUCCCCAGCCGCAGCAAUGGCAGCAAUCGUCCCCAAUGCUGCCGACUGCCUCAGUCCCCAAAGAGCAGCACUCCGCGGAAGCUUCAGGGACAGCAGUAGGAGCUGAGAGGGCGCCAGGAGAGGGUGGCAGGGGGAGUGCAGAAAAAGGCGGCCACAGGAAGAGGCGAGGGAGGAUAAAAGGGGCCGUUCUGGCGCCGGCAGCAGGGCAGGCCAUGUUGGGGACGCAGACAGUGGCGACCUACACGCGGGUGACGGACGCGGAGAAGCAGGUCCAGCUGCAGAGGAUGGGCGAGUGCAUGCGCAAGGCUGCAGAAGGCAUCGGAGCGGUGCGCUGCAAGUGGGGCAACACGCAGGAGGCGACGGCGCUGUUUGAGCUGAUGCACGCGCUGCCAGAGGGCAGCCUGGAGGAGGUGGGCCUGUGCAUCGUGGACCCUGCAACUCUGGAGAGCCGCUAUGGGUUCGCCCCUGGACGGCUGCCUCCCAUGGGCGCCAGCCCGGACGGCCUCAUGCGCCAACGGCACUCCUCGGCCGCAGCCUCAGCGCUGUCGGCGCUGCGCAGCGCGUUUGGGGGCUUGUCCAUCCGCGACUGCAGCCGCUCAGCGCUGGAGCUGGAGGUCGUUGAGGUCAAGAAUGCCUGCCCCUACCGCCAGAUUACGACGCUGAACAAAAAGGGGCGCGCCAAAGUCAGCUACCAGCUCACUGACGGAGGUCCCCACAACCGGGUCGCCAGGAACUGGGUGGCCCAGCUGCAGCUGGAGAUGCUGGCCGCCCCGGCUGACUCAGCCCUCCUCGUCAGCCGCUCCGCCUCCAAGGGGCUGACGAUCUACAGGAUGUGGCGGGACGAGGAGUACCUGACAGCCAUGCUGGACUUUGUCAGCCGCGUGUACACACAGCACGUGCUGCCGGGGCGGCCGCCGCCUGGCAACAUCUUCUGGGGCCUGCCCGAAUACAAGAUGUUUCUGGAGCGCACCAUCGCCCUCGCAGACGGGGCGGCCGUCGUCGCGCGGGUUCCCUCCGGCGAGGUGCAGCACGCGCCCGGUGCCGAUGUCAGAGCGUUCCUGUGA